CACUAAACUAGAAGAAAACCCAAACAGAAAGGCGAGCAAAUUUUAGCGAGACACCAACCAACAAAGAAAAAGCUGCAACUCCAAGAUUGCUGAAGAGAAGGACCAAACACGAAGCAAAAAGCGCAAUGGCAGUCACAUCUAAUCUCACCAGUUUCACCUCUCUCUUUGUAAAUUCUCCUCGCACUCUCUCUCCCAUCACCAAUUCCUCGCUUUGCUCUGUUUCUUUCAUCAACGCUCACACCCUCAGAACCAGCUCAAGCUCAAGCCUUAGCACCAAUUGCUCAAGAACAUGCAGACCCAUUUCGGUUCAAGCUAUGGCUUCCUCGUUCGGGUCGCGGCUCGAGGAGAGCGUGAAGAAGACGGUAGCUGAGAGCCCAGUUGUUGUUUACUCUAAAACUUGGUGCUCGUACUCUUCGGAAGUGAAGGCGUUGUUCAACAGGCUUGGUGUGCAGCCAUUGGUCAUUGAAUUGGACGAACUGGGUCCCCAAGGGCCACAAGUUCAGAAGGUUCUAGAGAGGCUUACUGGACAAUAUACUGUACCAAAUGUUUUCAUUGGGGGCAAACAUAUUGGCGGAUGUACAGAUACAGUGAAGCUAUACCGGAAAGGAGAACUCGAACCUUUGCUGUCAGAAGCUAAUGCCAAAACUACAGAGAGCUAGCCCUUUGAAAUGUUGUCUUGAAGAAUUUGUUCCCCAAGCAAACUGACUUCACAAGAAAACGUCACAUUUCUUCCUCUACCAUAUCAUAAAUUAUAGACUGUGAAUCUUCUUUGCUGAUAUAUUCACAGUAAACUCUAAUGCUUUGGCAGUUGAUGGAAGUUUUGUGGAUCAAAAACGCUGAAGUUUGGGUGUGGUCAAAACCUUAAACUUAUUGAACGUAAGCUUUCUUUAUUUUUUCCUUGAGCCUUGAUGAUUCUCACCCCCUCCUUUUGGUUCCUUUGUAAUUAAAUUUCUUAUUUGAUUUUUGAGUUACGUGUGCGAUGAUUUUGGAAAUUAAUAAUAUUUCUCCGUUUGUUUCUUUGGAAA